GUUUUAAAAAUAUAAUAUGCCUGUUAAUCGCAACAAUAUUAAGUUUUAUGGACAUUCUUCAUCAAAGGCGGUUAAAAUAAAGGAAAUUGAAGAUUUUAAAAUUAAUGAAACGCAACCAAUAAAAAUUUUAAUACAUGGUUGGAUGGAUAACAAAGAUUCGUUUUGGUUCGAACCAACAGUAAAUGAGUAUUUAAAAAAAGGAAAUGUGAAUGUAAUCACCGUCGAUUGGGGUAAACACGCCAGAGGAUUUUUUACAUUAGCCGUUAAAUCAGUAAAAAAUGUUGGAAAUCAUGUUGGUGAUUUUAUAACUGAAUUGGCCGAAAAAUACAGCCUACCGUUCGAACAAUUCCAUCUUAUUGGACAUUCUUUAGGAGCUCACAUAUCAGGAUUUGCAGGAAAACGAAUUUUAGCACUACGUGGAGCAAAAAUCGGUAGAAUAACAGCUUUAGAUCCUGCAGGACCACUCUUCAUAGGAAAUUGUCCUGAUGAUAGAUUAUGUUCUGGUGAUGCCAAUUUUGUUGAUGUUAUUCACACAGACGGAGGCCACUUGGGUUAUGAAAAACCAAUUGGUCAUGCGGAUUUCUUUCCAUGUGGGGGAAAACGUCCGCAAAAUGGUUGUGCCAAAAUUGGUGGCGGCAGUCAUAAUAGAGCCCCAUUAUAUUUCGCCGAAAGCAUAAACACAACCAAUUUUGUCGCUGUAAACACUUCAAAUUACGAUGAAUUUGACUGUGGGAGAUACUCAGAUAAUCAAAGGGCUGUUAUGGGUGAAAAUUGUCAAAUUGGGAUUAAAGGCGAUUUUUAUUUGCAUAUUAAUAAAAAUACACCAUACGCGAAAGGUGCAAUUUGA